AUGACCAGUGGUACAAACCCUUCAGGAUCUUGCUUGUCCUCAAAAAGAAGUUCUAAGAUAGAUGACAACUACUUGAAGGAAUUGAAUGAGGACUUAAAACAAAGGAAGCAGGAACUGCUAGACAUGCUAAAACCUCUAGAAGAUAAGAACAACCUCUUAUUCCAAAAGUUAAUGUCUAACUUGGAGGAAAAACAAAGAAGUCUGCAGAUCAUGCAACAGAUCAUGGCAGGGAAGGGGUAUGAUGAAUCCUCAGUCAUGGAGCUCAUUAAGGAAGCAGAGGAGAUGAAACAGAACUUGGAAAGGAAAAACAAGAUGCUUCGGAAGGAAAUGGAGAUGCUAUGGAACAAGACAUUUGAGACAGAAGAGCUUCGUGAUCAACAAAAAGCACCACAGAUAAAACCCAAGGCAGACUUGCAGGACAGAAAGGCUCCCAAAUCCCCCUCAUCACCUGUGAAGACCAAGAGUGAAAUGGAGAUACCAGUUGCAGAGAAAGUGAAGGAGAUAAGGAAGGAAAAGCAACAGAGGAAAAUGGAAUGGGUCAAGUAUCAGGAACAAGCCAACAUUCCUCAGAAUGACUUUCAUGGCAAAGUGAUUGAGCUGAGAAUUGAAGCCUUGAAGAACUACCAGAAGGCCAAUGACCUGAAACUAUCACUGUACUUACAGCAGAAUUUUGAGCCAAAGCAAGCAUUUUUAAAUCUUCCAAUGUCCCAAGGUAUUAUAGGUACUACAACUAUGGCCAGAGCAACUAGCAGCAGAAAUGAACCCAAUAUGAGAAAUCUGGAAUCAAAGACCUACGCAGAACAACAAGGAGCUACAGAAAGUCAGUCUGAUGAUGUAGAGAGAGGCUCUUUUUUCUGA